GUCAGACUGUUCUCUGAAACAAACAGAAAACGUUUCCCUUUGAAAUGAGCAGAAUUCACACAAUUAGGUGAUAAUAAUUUCAUAUGUAACCAGUUCAUUACCUUAAAGUACAACCAAUGAGAUGGCUAAAAACCCAGAUAAUUCAUUAGAGUUAUGUUGUCACAAAAGAAUCCCAACAAAGAAACCAGGAUAUCUGAGAACAGAAGCCCGAUGGGAUAUAGAGUUACAGUCUCUUGAGACAGGAAAACUUCUCUCAAGCCUGCUUGGAAAGAACAAAAAGCCCUGCAAAAACCGUGUCCAGAACAAACUUCAGAGAACAGAAUCUAACUCUAUGUCCUGUAUCACUGACACUUCCCUAAAAGUUACCAAUAAUAUAAUACAUUUUGGAAACUUUGAAGAAUGUUUUAGGAAGCCAUUUGACUACACUGCAUCACCAGGAACUAUAGAAACAUCAUCUGGCCAGACAAAUUCUAUCCAAUUGUGUAGACAAAUUAUUCCGGAGAAAAUGAAUAAAGAUCCUGAUUAUGCAAAAGGGAUUAAAACAAAUAAUAUGAGUGUCUUGGGUCAGAAGACAACAUCUCGCUCUUGUGAUGAGCAGACAUCUCCUCUAAUUGGUGCUUUUAAGUCCAGCUUUAGUUUCAUUCAGCAGUCACUGGACAGUGAAAUGAAAAACAAGGCAACAUUUCCAGACUCUGAACAAACUCCACUAGAAAAUGCAUCGUCAGGACCCACAAAUAGCACUCAUCAAGGGCCACAAGACUAUUUUAUUGAUGGGUUUUCCUGUAACAAUUUCAAGUUUUCACCUUGGAAUAGUAACUCAAAUAUUGAAAGUGCACCACCAGCCUGGCAAAACACUGAUAAAGAUAAAUUCUUUAAGAUGAAUACUGACGGGGAAACAGAGUUUUUCUGCUCCACUGAUUCAGUGGCUAAACCUGCCUAUUCUUUUACCUCUGGCUAUAGCAGCAACUCAGCAAGUGAAAGCGGCUGGGAUACCCUGAUAAGGAAAUAUGAGCCACUUAUUUUAGAAUGUACUCAAAGAAACCAAAGCGCAGUAAAGGUGAAAGCAUUAAUUUUGGAACUUCAGCAACGUCUGCACAAAGCAGUUGAAGAAGAUAACUUCAGUGAAGCGGAUACAUUGAGAACAAUUAUAGAAGACAAACAAAAGAAUACCAGUAUAUUCUGUCUCCCUUCAAGGCAUCCUUUAGUUUGCAAUUUUUUAAACAUGCUACAAUGUGAAAUACAGAAAGCCAUGCACCAGUCAAUCUAUAGGAAUUCUGGUGCUCAAACCACUGAUUACUGUUCAAAUGUCCAGUUGGAUCUAUUCAGCAAUGAAAUUAAUUAUGCCUCUUUCACAAGAAAAGAAGCACUGAUCUCAAAAAGGGACAAGUUACAGAAAGAAAUUGAAGAUAUUAAAACAAGAUUGGAAUUACUAGAAGCCAAAGACCAGCAAUUAAAGAUGGAGAUUGAAGAACAAAACAAUGUUUCAAACAAUCAAAAAAAAGAAAUAGCUUUUUUGCUCGGUUCUAUGGCUUUGGGAGACCUUCAAGAAAUUUGCAACGGUUUGAAAGAAACCUUAGAUUUAUCAUUACAACUUACAAGAUCCCUGGAAAUAACGGAAUCAUUAAAAAGACUUUAUGAAAAAGAGCUGUCCCUCUGUUGUUUGAAGAAAGAAGCUAAUGCACAAGUUUGCACAAAUCAACAGCUGUGUACUAUCUUGCAAAGAAAAGUGAAUGAUAUUGAGAUGCAGAUACCAUCAUACCUAAAGGACAUUAUGUUUGACAUUGAAGGAAAUAAUUUCUGUGUUAGUAAAGACUUUACUGAAGAAUUGAAGUCACUCAGAUUUCAGAAGAAUUGGCUAGAAAAACUCCUAAAUGAAAUACUGCAAAAGACCAAAAAUGUCCAGUACUUAGACAACCUCCAGAAAACAUAUAGCAAGUUAAAGCAAAACCUUACGGAAGAAGAAAAUGCAUUUAAAAAAAGGGUGAAGGAACUUGCUGUAAGAUAUGUUAACAUCCUGGAGGAAAAACUGCUAUGCUGCAGAAACCAGCUGCUGGGGCGAGUGUGGGAAGCGGAUUUGGAAGCCUGUCAGUUGUUGAUCAGAGAAAUUCAUCUAAAAGGAGCUGACUCCAAAGCUUUUGAUGCAAGAGAAAGUCAGACAGAUGAAGCAGAGGCAGCUUGUGAUGUUUGUUUGGAUCCAGGAAUCAAAAUGGAACAUUUUUACCCAAAAGCUAAAGAGUGGGUUGCGGCAAGAAAAUCUUAUCAACACAAAUACAAUGAAGUGGAAGAGGAAGUUAACCCUGAUUUGAUGGAGCUCUUGAAAGAAUGUGAAUCAGUAAACAAGCAUCUGGUAUAUUUAGAGGAACAGCUUCAACAUGUAAACAGCAAUCAUGAUGAUGGACACAUUCAUAUCCUUUCUGCUGUGAAUAAUUUAUAUCUGGUUUAA